AUGAGCUACUACAUUGGUGUAGAUGUCGGCACAGGAUCUGCCAGAGCCGUUCUCGUCGACGACCAUGGGAAAACUAUCGCAUCCCACACCAAAGAAACAACUACUUGGCGUGAUCACGAUGAUCACCGCAUCUUCGAGCAGUCCACUAACAACAUCUGGGAUUCGAUUUCAAGUUGCAUUAAAAAAUGUUUAGCUGAAUCAAAAAUUCAACCCUCUUCAGUCAAAGGUCUUUCUUUCGAUGCAACCUGUUCACUUGCAGUCUCCGACUUCAAUGGUGACCCGGUUGUUGUCACCAAAGGCAAGGAUUUAGGACAGAAAGGUGAUCGUAAUGUGAUCUUGUGGGCAGAUCAUCGAGCGGAGAAGGAGGCGGAGUUGAUUAACAGUACGGGAUCAGUGGUCCUGGACUAUGUUGGUGGAACGAUGAGCCUUGAGAUGGAAAUUCCUAAAACACUUUGGCUCAAAAACCAUAUGGAACCUUCCUUAUUUACGCGUUGCCAAUUUUUCGAUCUACCGGACUUUUUGACCUAUCGUGCUACAAAAGAUAGUACGAGAUCUUGCUGUUCCGUUACAUGCAAAUGUUCCUUCGUACCCAAGAGCGGCUGGCAAGCCGAUUUUUUCGAGAAAAUCGGUCUUGAGGAGCUUGUUCAAACCAAUUACAUGCAGCUGGGAGCUGCGAACGGCGAGGUAUUAACUGCUGGUAAGCCAGUCGGAAACGGACUUUCGAAACAAGCUGCGGAGGAAUUUGGUCUCGUUGAAGGUACACCCGUUGGUAGUGCUGUCAUCGACGCAUAUGCUGGAUGGCUGGGAACUGUCGCCGGACGAUAUAAGGAAGACGGCAAGCUCUCUGAUGCUAUCCCUUCCAUAGAUGAGUCUCGACAUCGUCUUGCUGCUUGCGCUGGCACGAGUACGUGCCAUAUCGUACAGAGCCGAGAGGGUGUAUUCGUGAACGGUGUUUGGGGACCAUACAAGGACCCGGUUUUCCAAGGAUGGUGGAUGAACGAAGGGGGUCAAUCGUCCACGGGGCAGCUCAUUGACUUUAUGAUCAAAACUCAUCCUGCCUACCCUCGUCUUCAGAAGAUGGCUGAGGAGCAAAAAUCCAAUAUCUUCGCAAUUUUACAGGACCUCCUUCAGAAGAUGAAGAAAGACAGUAACGCCGAGAGUUUGACUGAACUGACCAGAGAUAUGCAUUUCUAUCCAGAUCUCCAUGGUAACAGGUCACCCAUUGCCGACCCUCGAAUGAGAGGUUCUUUUGUUGGCCUUACACUUGACGAUGGGCUCAACGACCUUGCACGGAAAUAUAACGUCACUCUCGAAGCAAUUGCUCUUCAGACUCGCCACAUUGUUGACGAGAUGAACGCUAAAGGGCACAGCAUUACCUCCAUUUAUAUGAGUGGUAGCCAGGCAAAGAAUAUUCCGAUGAUGCAGUUGUUCGCAGAUACCUGCGGAAUGCCCGUUGUGCUACCCUUCGACGAGGGCGGUGCGGUGCCUCUUGGAGCUGCAAUGCUUGGUAGAUUUGCUGCAGAGGCAGCGCAAAAGGGUGUGCAGACCAUGAGCGAAGAACAACAAGGCGAACUUCUCUGGGAUAUCAUGGUGAAAAUGACUCCUCCCGGAACUAUUGUCAAGCCUGCGACAUCCGGAAAAGAGAAAAAACUAAUUGAAGCCAAAUAUAAAAUAUUCAGAGAGGCGAUUGAUAUCCAGUAUCGAUGGCGGAAACAGAUCGAGGAGGCGAUGAAUUGA